AUGGUCCGCGCGCGUUCCUUUCCGCGUCCAGCCGCCAAUAAGCUUGUGAAAGCGUCUCCUCUUCUCACGCCCUCCGCGUCGUCCGCUCGCACACAAAAUGCGUCGUCGCAUCUCACUCUAACUUAUUCCUCUCCAACCCUCGCUGCUCCUCGCAGCCCGAUCGCGUCGCUCACCUCGCAAUUGCGCAUCCUGCAUUCUCCUCGCAUCGGAUGUCCGCAGACGCGAUAUCUAUCGAGUAGCUUCCAUUCAAGAAGUCUUUCUACCGCCACCGCCGCUGUUAGAAUAACUGACUUCGGCAAUCUCGGUGUCACCAAGGCUCGCGUUUCCACAUAUCUUUCCACCACUCGUCCGUCACCGCGUGCAUCCUCUGCGCCCCGUACGCCGUUCCGGGGGCAUUCGUCCGUGCGGCAAAGCCGCCAGCAGCACUUAAAGAAACAGCCCCAACAAUUUCCAAAUCAGCAGGAAGACAUGGCGGUAGCCGUGAAACCAGCGAUCGACACGCUCUCUCCUCCUCCCGUCGGUGCCGCCCUCUCUUCCGCUCACCAGCCUCUACCAGCCGAACCAGUCGCAUCCCCAACGGCAUCAAGCCCGCCACCAGAUGUACCCGUGCACUCCAGCAUUCGCAUCAGCGACGCGCGACAGCUGCACGCCCACGAUCGCGUGGUGCUGAGCGAUGUGCCACCGUCGCUCGUGCUCACGCCGCACGCGGGGGGUUUGGGGGCUUCGGGGGAGGGGAAGGCGCAGGGCGUGUUUCUGGGGAGUCGUUUCCGCGAGGCGCACAGCUGGCACGUGUUCCGCCUGGGCGUGCUCAGGGGAGCGCGGUUCCUGUGCUGCUUCCGCUUCAAGCUCUGGUGGAUGACGCAGCGUGUGGGCAGCAGCGGCCGCGAGGUCCCCGUGGAAACGCAGUUCCUGCUGCUCGAACUGCCCGCCGGGCAGCAGCAGCAGCCACAGCACGCGUCAGCAGAGGCGGGCGGCAGCGCGAGCGCGAGCGCGAGGGUGUACGUGGUGGUGCUGCCGCUGCUGGACGGGUCCUUCCGUGCGGCGCUGCAAGGCUCGCCCUCCGACCACCUCGAAGUGUGCCUCGAGAGCGGCGACCCCCAGGUGUGCACGGAUGAGUCGCUGCACGCAGUGUACAUGCACAGCGGAACCAACCCCUACUCCAUCAUCUCCGAUGCUGUCAAGGCGGUGGAGCAGCACACGGGCUCGUUCCUGCGGCGCGAGGAGAAGCAGCUGCCGGGGCUGCUGGACUGCUUCGGGUGGUGCACGUGGGACGCCUUCUACACCAAGGUGGACGCGCAGGGCGUCAAGCAGGGCCUCGCCAGUCUGGCAGAAGGCAACACACCAGCCAAGUUUCUGAUUAUCGACGAUGGAUGGCAGUCAGUGGCAGCAGACUCACACGAGGACUCCAGCGCCACCAUCACCGUCGGCACACAGUACGCGAGUCGCCUCACGGAUCUCAAGGCAAACUACAAGUUCAAGCAGCAGCGGCAGGAGGGGGAGGAAAAAGAGGGUGCAGGGCGGCAGGAGGAGGGGCAGGGAGAGGAGGGAGAGGAGGGGGCAAGUGUGCUUGGCGAGGCAGCGGGGAUGGUGCAUGGGCUGGGGCAGGUGGUGCGGGAGGUGAAGGCCGCUCAUGACCUCAAGUACGUGUACGUGUGGCACGCACUGAUGGGCUACUGGGGAGGAGUCCGCCCGCACGCCAGCAGCAUGCAGCAGUUCGACCCAGCACUCGUCUUCCCCGUGCCAUCGCCCUCCAUCCUGCUGAACCAGCCCGACAUGGCCCACGACUCCCUCACGCUCAACGGGCUGGGCGUGGUGUCCCCCGCCAAGGUCUUCCAUUUCUACGACGCACUGCACGGGUAUCUGGCGGCGUGCGGGGUGGACGGGGUGAAGGUGGACGUGCAGAAUAUACUGGAGACGCUGGGCGCGGGGUAUGGGGGAAGAGUGGCGCUGGCGAGGGGAUACCAUGAAGCGUUGGAGCGGAGCGUGGCGAAGAACUUUGAGGAGAACGGAGUGAUCGCGUGCAUGAGCCACAACACUGAUGGGCUCUACUCAGCAAAGCAGACAGCAGUGGUGCGGGCGUCUGAUGACUUCUGGCCCACCGACCCCGCCUCGCACACCGUGCACAUCGUCUCUGUGGCAUACAACAGCCUGUUCCUGGGCGAGUUCAUGCAGCCCGACUGGGACAUGUUCCACUCGCUGCAUCCAGCAGCGGAGUUCCAUGCAGCAGCGCGAGCUGUGGGGGGAUGCGCUGUGUAUGUCAGUGACAAGCCAGGGCAGCACGACUUCGGUGUGUUGCGCAAGCUGGUGCUGCCAGACGGCUCUGUGCUGCGCGCCAAGCUGCCCGGCCGACCUACCAGGGACUGCCUCUUUGCUGACCCCGCCCGAGACCACACCAGCAUGCUCAAGAUCUGGACAAUGAAUGCAUGUGGGGGCAUGGUGGGGGCGUUCAACUGUCAGGGCGCGGGGUGGUGCAGGGAUGGGCGCAAGUACACCAUGCACAACCCUGAUCCGGACGCCGUUACUGGGACUGUUGCUGCUGCUGACGUGGACCUGCUUGCUGACGUGGCGGCCGGAGACUGGACGGGAGACGUGGCGGUGUUUUCGCAUAAUGCAGGCGAGUUGGUACGACUACCAGCAGACACAUCCCUCGUGGUGCAUCUCCAUCGCCUUGAGUUUGAGCUCUACACCAUCGCCCCCAUCACUGUGGUAGGAAGCGUGGCGGUGGCGCCUAUAGGACUCACCAACAUGUACAACUCAGGAGGUGCCGUGCUGGCCGUGCGCACGAGCAACACCAGUGCUGCCGGCACGUGUGUCACAAGCCCAGAUGCUGCAGGUGUAGUGGACGGGGCAGAAGCAGAGGUUGCCUACACGCCUGAUGAUGGCCGGGCGGUCGUGCAGGUGCCAUUCAGGGCAGGUGCUACCUGCUUGCUCAGAUUUGCCUUGUGA